AUGACUUCCUCACCUCGCCCUCCUGCAACCGCAACCAUCUCGCACCCAGCACUCGACCUCUUAAGCCGCGCCCACUCACCCGACACCGCAGCCCGCAUCUUCACGGACAAAGUCAAGAACAAACCACUCCUGUUACAACCCGCAGCAGCAUCGGACCAAAGGGCAUUGCGACGGCACAUCCGGCUUCGAAAGAAAGAGUACUACCUGAGAAAACGCAAGCCGCGACCACUCAGCGCAAAGGAGAAGCGACAACUGGGCGUCUUCAAGCUCAAGAAAGAGGAGAUCAAGUAUGACGUCUACAAGGGCUUGCAUGAGAUGUGGAGGGGAUACAUGCUCGAGGUGCUGGGCUACAUGCGAGACGGGGAGGUGGUGGAAAGCGGAGGGCCGCAGGAGGUGACGGCACAAUCCCAUGGUGGUCUCCUCGCGAGUGCAGAUUUCCACGGAGCCGAGGUCGAAGUGGUGAGGGCCACGGAUGUCGGCAAGGUCGGCAUCAAGGGCAUUGUGGUUAGAGAUACGAAGUUCACGUUUGUGGUUGUCACGCCCAAGGAUGAGGUCAAGACCCUACCGAAGAAGGAUACAGUCUUUCGCUAUAAGAUUCCCUUACCACACCGCAAGGACGACCAGAAUAGCAGGGAGCUGGUGCUGGAGUUACACGGCAACCAGUUUGAGCUCAGACCUACCGACAGGGCGAAUCGGAAGUUCAAGUGGAGAUCUAUGGACUAUCUAUGA